UGACACUUUUAAUGGUCGUGUAAGGGCCACUAUCCGAAGAAAACAGAAUAAUCGUCUGUCGAACGAAGUAAAGGAACACACAAGGGAGCAAGGGUUGAAAGCGAACAACACAGAAGAAAAAAAGAAGUUUGCGCGAAUGGUGAUGUGCAACGAUACCAAAUUAUCAAUAAAUUACUAGGAAAAGGUGUGCUAAACGUACGAAUCAUUGAUUUCAACACUAUCGAAAGAUCCAAGGUUUUUUUUUUCUUUUUUUGGUGCGGAGCCGUGUCGUGUGUUUCGGUAAUGCGCUGAUUGCACCGGCUGCUCUGCGAGGAAUCAUCAAUCCCCCCUCGGAAAAAGGCUAUUGCCGGCGCUCAGGAAAAAUUCACCGAUCCAACUUGUGUUGUCAUUGUUUACAAUUGACAUUAUUCUAGUUUCUGCUAUCGACUGUCGGACAUGGAUGUACAACAACUAGAGUUACUAUGUAAGCAAUUCUACGAAUCCCAAGAUGCCCAGGCUCGGGCCGAGGCCGAAAAAGCUUUAUACCUAUUCCAGGAGGAUCCGGAUGCGUUACCCAAGUGUCAGCAGUUACUCGAUCGAAGCAAUUCAAGUUAUUCCCAGUUGCUGGCUGCAACCACGCUAACCAAAUUGGUUUCGAAAAACAUUCAGGCCUUGAGUUUGCAGCAACGAGUUGACAUCCGGAACUACAUACUCAACUAUUUGGCAACCCAUCCCAAUCUACAGUCGUUUGUUAUUCAGGCCCUGAUCGCGCUGCUGGUGAAGAUUACGAAACUAUGCUGGGUAGAUUUAUACGAAGAUGAGUUCAUUUUUCGGAACAUUGUUCAGGAUGUGAAGGAGUUUCUGGGUGGUUCGGUGGAGCAUUGUAUAAUUGGUGUGCAGAUUUUGUCUCAGUUGACAGUGGAAAUGAAUCAACUGGCGGAAACGGCUUGCAAUUUAACUUUCACCAAGCAUCGCAAAAUUGCCUGCCUCUACAGGGAUUCCCAGUUGUACGACAUUUUCAUCCUGUCAUGCACUCUACUCAGUCAGGCGAAGGAUAAUUGCUGCAAAAAUACAAGCUACAUGGACGAAGCCCAGCAUGGAUUGUUUACACAUUUGCUCAGUCUUGCCCGAAAUUGUCUCAGUUUUGAUUUUGUCGGUACUUCGGCCGAUGAAUCGUCCGAUGACAUGUCAACUGUGCACAUCCCCACGAAUUGGCGCCCGGCAUUUCUGGAAUCGGAUUCGGUGAAGCUAUUUUUCGAUCUGUACCAUGUUCUACCGGUUCGCCUGUCGAGUUUGGCUCUAUCCUGUCUGGUUCAAAUUACUUCCAUCAGGCGAUCAAUAUUUAACAACAGCGAACGUAUUAAAUUUCUUGCUAAGUUGGUCAAGGGUGCCACCGACAUUCUAAAAACGUCACACGGUCUGAGUGAUCCGGAAAACUAUCACGAAUUUUGUCGGCUUUUGGCACGACUCAAGUCGAACUUCCAGCUGGGCGAACUGGUUACUGUCGAAAAUUAUCCCGAAGCAAUUCAACUCAUAGCCAAGUUUACCGUUCAAUCGCUGCAAAUGUGGCAGUUUGCGCCGAAUAGCAUUCACUAUUUGCUGUCGCUCUGGCAGCGUUUGAUCGCUUCCCUACCGUACGUAAAAUCAUCCGAGCCACACUUUCUGGACACCUACACACCGGAGGUGACGAAGGCCUACGUCACUUCGAAGCUAGAAUCGGUGCCCGUCAUCCUUCGCGAGGGACUCGAAGACCCCCUGGACGACACCGGGAUGGUACAGCAGCAACUGGAACAAUUCUCAACCAUCGGACGGUGUGAGUACGAGAAGACCGUCGCCUUGUUGAUUCAGUUGUUCGAUCAGACGGCCGGUCGCUAUCAGGAAAUUCUGUCCACGCCGGCCACUGCCAACCACCUGGACGUACAAACCUGCGAGGGGCAGCUGACCUGGCUGGUGUACAUUAUCGGUGCAGCCAUCAGUGGACGUAUUUCCUAUUCGCACGAUGAUCAUGAUCUACUCGACGGGGACAUGAUCAUUCGUGUGCUGCAGCUGAUGACACUAACCGAUUCGCGGUUACCUCAGUGUGGCUGCGAAAAGCUGGAAUUUGCCAUCAUGUGUUUCCUGGAGCAAGUCAGGAAGGUCUACAUCAACGAGCACCUGCAGAAACUAAAAAUGUUCAAGCGGCUCAGUGAAGUUCUGGGGGUUAACGACGAGACUACGCUACUGACGGUUAUUAGCCGGAAAAUAAUUACCAAUUUGAAGUAUUUUGGUCACUCGGAGCAAAUCAUUCGGAAGACGCUGGCACUGCUGAACGAUCUUACGCUGACAUUCAGCUCGAUUCGACGGUUAAUCAAACUGGACGAGAUUCAAUUUAUGCUAAAUAAUCACACGCGCGAUCAUUUUUCCUUCCUCGGAACCGGUGCGGUCAGUUCUUCGCGCUGCCGUAGCAUGUUCUACACCUGUCUGGGUCGACUGCUGAUGGUCGAUCUGUCGGAAGACGUGGAACGGUUCAACACCUUCAUGAUGCCGCUGACCAACACCAUCGAGAACAUGAUCAUGAUGAGCUUCCCGAGCGAGGAGGCACGCAAGGAACUGAUCGGACUGUCACGGGACUUGCGCGGAUUAACGCACGCUUUCAACUCCAAGAACCCGUACAUGAUGCUGUUCGAUUGGAUAUAUCCCGACUAUUCACCGAUUUUGAUUCGUGCCGUGGAGCUUUGGGCCCAUGAUCCGGCUGUGACUACACCGGUGCUGAAGUUGUUUGCCGAACUGGUUUACAAUCGGUCCCAGCGAUUGCAGUUUGACGUUUCCAGCCCGAACGGAAUUCUGCUUUUCCGAGAAACUUCAAAACUAAUCUGCUGCUAUGGCGAAAGAAUUCUUUCCCUGGAUGUUCCCAAAGAGCAAAUCUACCCGAUGAAGCUGAAAGGUUAUGCGGUGUGCUUCCAGAUGUUGAAGGCCAUUCUCAGUGGGAACUACGUCAACUUUGGUGUGUUCAAGCUGUACGGAGACGAUGCGCUGGACAAUGUUUUAAAUAUGACAGCGAAGCUGAUUCUUUCGAUUUCACACGAUGAUAUUUUGGUUUACCCUAAACUAUCCCUAGCGUACUACAUCCUGAUCGAGUGUCUCGCACAGGAUCACAUCACUUACCUGUCCACACUGGAACCGCCCGUAUUUCUCUACAUUCUGGAGAGCAUUUCGAAAGGACUGAACGCGUUGGAUGUACUAGUAGGCUCUGGUUGCUGUUCGACGCUGGACUACAUUGUGACGUAUAUUUUCAAGCAGCUGCAAUUGAAAGAGAAACAUAUGCUGCUCGUGACGACAUUCCCGAACAAAAAGAUAAGGCAAAGUGUGCUGCCGGAAAAUAACGUGUUCCUUAAGGUGAUGGAGAUGCAUCCGGAGAUACUGCAGAAUCUGCUGUCGACGCUGCUGAACAUCGUAAUGUACGACGACUGCAAGAACCAGUGGUCGAUGUCGCGGCCGCUCCUGGUGCUGAUAUUGCUCUACGAGGAUUAUUUCAGGCAACUUCGGGAGAACAUCCUGCACUCACAAUCAAUCGAAAAGCAACAGUCGAUGGCAUGCCUGUUUGACGCGUUGAUGGACGGUAUCGAGCGGAAUCUGCACAUCCGAAAUCGUGAUCGGUUCACACAGAACCUUUCGGCGUUCCGUCGGGACCUCAACGAUUCCCUCAAGUCCGCCAACAGCUUGGUUAACAACUCAUCGGUGAACGAAAUGACCGUAGUUUAUUGCUGUACUGAUCCGUUCGAUUGAGAUUAGCUGACGAUCCGAACUAAUGUUAAAAAGUUUUGUCAAUCUGAGCAAAGCAAAACUUGGUGAAACACCAAAAAUCCCAAAUACCUAAUGUUACUAACAAAUCGCGUGAGCGCGAGGCAAGCUUUUUAACAUAAACACGUGACCGCGGCUGCUCGCACACCAAUGCACAUUUGCAGGUUUGGGUGUAGGCUUCAGUAGGCUUUGAAAAACAAAAAAAAAAACAAAUAAAGAUCGUUCCUUAUUCGUUAGAUACAUUUUUUUUCUGCACUCAUCGAUUCACUCAUUUCGUGUUUUAACUUCAAGCAAACCGUUCCUACUGUUUUCCUCUCUUUUUCUUUUUUUUUCUCCCACACAGCUUGACUAAAAGGUGACUUUGAUUGGAGGAGAAAAAUUCAGUAGACGUGAUCCGUUUUGUGUUUUUUUUUUGUCUCGCGAAAUUUUACCAUUGGUUUGAGCCCAUAUUUCAUUUCGAGCCAACCAAAUCAAUGAGUAUGAAUGGUGUAGGGCCGGCCAAAUGCAUCCGGAAAUAUUCGCCCUCAACUCUCUGAUUGUUUCUGUUUGGAGGAAGUUUGUGCGCAUAUAUUUAUAUAGUUCCAUAAACCGUUAGAGUGUGUGAACGAGUCCAGUCAGAGGUUUGCUUCGUUCGGUUGGAUGAGACUAGAGGAGUUGUUAUAAACAAAGAAGAAGAAGAAGAAAACAAAAACAAAUAAAUAUAAAAAUCCUACAGCGCAGAAAAGAAUUAAUAAAAAAACAAACGUUAAAGCAAACUCAGUAAACGAGUCCGUGAAUUCUAGAAUGUAAGUGAAACAGUAAAUCAUUUAAUGUAAUCACUGAUAGAGAUAUACAAAGAGAGAAAGAGAAAAUGGACAAAAAAAAUAAGAAGUUACUCUCCGCUUUUAGAAAAAAAUUUAUAAUGAAGUGAUUGAAUUUAGGUACAACUGGAGAGUCUGUUUAGGAAACAUCGUGCGGACGUUAGUUGCUCUACAUAGUUAAGUGAAACAGGACAUCCAAUAGGAACGUGAAAGCUAACGGGAUUCUAAGAUUUUUAGGGUGUAACUGUUUUGCAUACGUAGUGAAACAAAACAAAAAAAAAGAGUUGAUGCAGGAAAUGUACUAUUGAGCAAAAGUGCACACAACGGUGUGGAAAUAAAAUAGAAUCGAUAUUAAA